GGCCCCGAUUUUGAAUCGCACUUGAUCAAAGAAUUGUGCGAUAUCGCUGGGGUGCGUAAAGUAAGAACAACCCCAUACCAUCCGAGGGGAAAUCCUGUUGAAAGGUUCAAUAGAACCUUGUUAAAUAUGCUUGGAACCCUGGAGACCAAGAAGAAAAGCUGCUGGAAGGAGUACGUAAAGCCACUUGUACACGCAUACAACUGCACCAGAAAUGAAACCACUGGAUUUAGCCCCUACGAGUUAAUGUUCGGACGACAACCCAGGCUCCCAGUAGAUCUAGCGUUUGGAUUACCUCUCAGAGAUAAGGCAAAUACGACACACUCCCAGUAUGUAAAGAACCUAAAGUCAAGUCUUGAGGAGAGUUUCCGGAUUGCAGUUGAAAACUCCAAAAGGAUGGCUGAGAAAAAUAAGACUCGGUUCGACAAACGUGUGACGGCAUCUGAGUUGGACAAAGGCGACAGAGUUCUUGUGAGGAGUGUUAGACUGAGAGGAAAGAAUAAACUUGCAGACAAAUGGGAGGAAACCAUCUAUGUAGUGGUAGACCGUUAUGGCGAUUUACCUGUUUACAAAAUAUGUCCUGAGUUUCAAACUGGACCAACUCGAACACUACACCGUGACUUGUUGCUUCCCUGCGGAACACUUUCCUCUGACGUGAGUGAACUUGAAACGCCAAGCCCAGUUCCCAGAUGCAAAACACGCAGUAAAGCGAAUGGUGAAAGUCCUGAAGAAGAUAUUUUUGAUUCGGAAGAGGAAGUUUAUCAUUCAGUGCCCCAACUGGAGUUUGUAGGCGAAUCUUUCACAGUUCAUACUUCCAAAGAAAUUCAACCUGGAAAGGAGGACAUUGCCCAAUCCUUGGGAACAGGGUUACUGAAAGAAACGCCAGAAUUAGAGGAGGAGAACUUACCUGUAAACCCUGAGGAGAACUUACCUGUAAACCCUGAGGAGAACUUACCUGUAAAUUUUGAAGUUCAAUCUGAAAGAGAAGAAAUUGCUGAUUCAACUCAUGUAACUGGCUUGGAAGCACAAAGCCCAAGUUUCAAUAGGGAAUCUUCUGUGCCAAGGUUCAGUUCGGUUGAAGAGGAAUUAAAUGAUGCUGAAAAUAUGGAAACCGACAUGGAAGCCAUCGAAUCAGUACAUUCAAGAAAUGAGUUAAGGAGGUCUGUUCGGACAAAAGAGAAACCCAAAAUCUUGACUUACCCCAAAUUGGGAAACCCUUUGAUAACCAUAGUUCAGUCCCUUCUUCAAGGCCUAAAUGAAGCCUUUUCAGAGUCCUUGCAAGAGUGUCCCCGUACGAGCUGUUCUGCAGCACAGGAUUAUACUGGCAAUAUGCAAAGGGACUUGCAUGGUUCUAUGGGGGGAGGGUGUAACCCAGGCUCAAAAACCUUUGUAGUCUAAAUUAGAUUUAAACACAGUCAUCUGAAUAGCUAGAUACUGUUAGAGGAAGAAAUAUGGAACAAAUACUAAAUGUAUAUAUAUGUAUAUAUAAAUAUUUUCCAUUUGAAAUGGGUUACUUGUUAGGUAAACUAAAUAGUUGAAAUGUAACUUUAAUUUUGAUUGAGCUCUAGAUCUGUGCAGGUGAGCAGCCAAUCGAGCGUAAUUAGGUCAAGCUGACUCCGCCCACCGAGAGAUGCGGCAUUAGAGAGAGAGAGAAAAAAACUUGAGAAACAACGUGAAUUAGAAGCUGCGUAAGAUCUUGAUUUAUUUCAUUUUGAGAGAGAACGCAUGUGAAAACCAAACAUUUGGAGUAGGCCAUCAUUGCGUCAUCCGAGAGAAACCUG